UGUAAACCCUGCAAAAGAGUAUUUAGUCGUUACGAUCAUGUAGAACUGUUUUUUAGAAAGCACGUGACAGUUUGCACAUGGACUGAAAAUACGAGUCCACGAGUUGACAGAAGAAGGGUACAGCUAGUUAACAGCUAGCUGUGUUCGCUUUGCUUGGUUUAGGCUGCGAAUGUCAAGCUUAGUAAAGUACAGGCAACCGUGAAGUUAAAAUAAUAAAGAGAGUACGCAAAGAUCACAAUACAAAACCCACAUCUGGAACAGCGUUGUGUUUUAAAUAUGCCUGUUAUAGACUGUAGAUCAGAAAGGAUUACUUCCGGUAAAUCUAUAAUCGCUUUUUAAUAGAAGUAGGUAAACAGUUCGUAAGCCAAAUUUUUCUGUUUACUUUACGCUUGUUAUAUACUAUAUUAGACGUAUUACUACGUUUUUAUUAGUGACAUAAACUGGAUGAUUGGUGGAAGUUAAGACUUUUAUUUUGUAGGUAUCCCUGGAUUUGGUCGAAUAGUGCCGGAAACUAUUUAAAGCACAGUAAUCUCUUCAGUCUGUACAAAGUGUCUGGGUGGAACAUGCAGAGUUUAUUGGUGCAAGCUCUUGCGAUGAGGCAGUUAGGAAGGUUGAAUCCUCGCUCUCUGCUGGCUGCUGGAUACGGACCGAGGCAGAAUGAGUGGUGUCCCAAGACCAUCCACACGCGACAGCUGUGGGGCUGCUCAGCUUUCUCUGCGUUUGGCUGUCAGAGGCCUCCCCUCUGUAGUAAAGACGCUGUCCGGAGCUGGUCUGCUCAUCAUGUGAGGUACAAAAGCAAUAAGAAAGGUGAUGCUAGAAGAACACGGACGGAAGAGGACGAGGAGGAUGAAGAUGAGAAAGACCCGGAGGACAGUGACUAUGAAGCUGAGGACCCAACUCUACCAAAGGACUAUAAAGACAUGGAAAAAUAUGUGCAGUCCUUCAGAUAUGACGUAGUCAUGAAAGCUGGUUUGGACAUAGCACGCAAUAAAAUUGAAGAUGCUUUUUACAACAACAAGCUCAGACUGAAUGGACAGAAACUAAUAAAGAAAAGUAAAACCGUGAAGGUCGGGGAUACCUUGGACCUGGUGCUGUCAGAAAACCAAGAAGAAAACACUGUUACUCUGAUGAGAGUCAUUAUGAGAAAGGUUUUAGGUGAAUCCAGUACUGAAAAGUACAAAGUCGCCAUAAGACGUUGGAAAUGUUUAGAGCUUUCCAAGGAUGAGGCCUUCAAGGCAUGAAUGGGACAAUAGCAUUUAAAUGGUCUCCGAACAAGUCAGAUCCAGAAUGGAUUACAAAGAUGUAAGGUAAAGGUUAAAAGGCCACAGUGGUUGUAGAUAUGAAGAUGGUAUUUGAUAAAAAAGAUAAGUAUUUUGUUUUCCCAUGUGAUGCGUGACCUAAUAAAUGUGCACUUAAACAUU